AUGUUGCAGCAACCCACGAUCAGCAGGUUCUUCAAGUCGUCGUCGACGCGAAAGAAGAGCGAGCAGCGUACGGCCAAGGAGGAGGCAGAGCUUAUGCAGCUACUAGAGUCUGACGGUGAGAACAAUUCGGCAACGGUGCCCAGCGACAGAAAGCCUGAAGCCGCGCCAAUGCAUGUGGGACUGGGCAACAAGGCUGCGGCCGGUGGGGCAGUCCCAGGACAGGUGAAGAGCGCGACUCGGGGCUUUGAGGACUUCCGCUUUAAUAGACGGCGUGAGGCGUGCGGCAAGGAGCAGGAGGUGGGCUUUGCAGAGCGUCUGCAGCGUAUCAUGGAGCGCCGGGAGGGCGGCUGCGUGGAGGAGGACGAAACGGAGCUUGACAACGAGGCGCCCAGAAGCAAACGGGCAAAGCCCAACCGUCUAACAGAGUUGGACCAGCAAUUCAAAGAUCUGAAGCUGCAGCAUAUGGACAAAGUUUUGGCUGUGCGUGUGGGGUACAAGUACAAGUUUUUUGCGGAGGAUGCAGUGAUGGUGAGCCGUGUGCUGCAGAUCAAGCUGGUGCCCGGCAAGCUUACGGUACACGAGACAGACCCCGCUGAUCACAAGCACAAGAAGUUUGCGUACUGCACCAUCCCAGACACCCGUCUCGAAGUCCACUUGCAGCGCUUGAUGCACCACAAUCUGAAAGUGGGGGUCGUGGAGCAGACAGAGACAUCCGCAGUGAAAAAGAACAGUGGGACCUCAAGCUCUGUUUUCUCGAGGGAAGUAACCAAUAUAUUCACGAGGGCUACCUAUGGCAUCAAUGAGACGUUCGGAACCAAAGAUCGUCGGGUCCUGGGUGAUAGCGCUUCUGUGUGGGGUCUUGUGUGCAAGCGACAACCUUCAUACACGCGAUACUUCCUGGUUAGUGUUAAUCUCAACAGCGGUGAAGUUAUCUUCGAUGACUUCAAAGAGGAGCGUUUUCUGACGGAGGCUUUGGAGACGCGAAUAAAAUACACAAACCCGAGUGAAGUUGUGGUCGGAGAUGGCCUUGGCUCAGAAAUCGAAAAGGUGUUUCAUACUUCAGAUUCCGAUAUCACUCUAAAUAGGAUCGAGCUCGUCGGGUUGUAUGAAGAAAUCUUCAGUGAGCCGCACCCAGCCUUUAAGGGCAACGUUCCUCUGCAAACAGCGCUCAUGCUGGUGCAUGGCUACCUAACAAACUUCAAAAAUGAGAGUUUACUCUUCUUCAAGGAAAACUUUAAACCAUUCUGCUCGAAGACGCACAUGAUUCUUCCUUCUAGCGCUAUUGAAAGCUUAGAUAUUUUUGAGAACAGUACAGAUAGGAGCAGUAAAGGCUCCCUGUUAUGGGUAUUAGAUCAUACUAGAACAAACUACGGGUUAAGGAACUUGAAGAACUGGAUUGCAAAGCCUUUAAUAAAUAUUGAUCAGAUACAACAGAGAUUGGACGCAGUUCAGUGCAUUUCAACCGAAGUUGGUAAUAUCUUCAUUGAGUCGUUAAAUAAUAUGUUGCGUGAUGGCCAGGACUUGGAGAGGAUUUUGAAUAGAAUCGCGUACGGUAAGACUUCCAGAAGAGAAGUUUAUUUGUUUUUACGAGAACUUACCCAACUGGCAACACUCUUUUCCUCUCACCACAGGUAUAUCGAAACAAAUGUCCUAUCCGCAAAUGGCAAGAUAAGGAUGCAAUCUUCACUGCUGGCAAACAUUUUUACUGACCUUGAUGAGUACUGGAAACAGUUUCCUAUUCCCAAUUUUUUGGCCAUGAUCAACAUCGAUGCGGCGUUAGAUAAGAAUCCAGAUAGACCCUACGUUGAAUAUUUUAACCUUACAAAAUACGAUAGAGCAGAACCUCUAAUUUCCAAACAGCAGGAUAUUGAAGCUGUCAUAGGGGAACUUAGGGAUGAACUAAAGAACAUCAGAGUAAUAUUGAAACGACCCAUGCUCAAUUACAAGGAUGAGAUUGACUUUUUGGUUGAGAUUAGGAAUACACAGGUGAGUAGCGUUCCUGUUGAUUGGGUAAAAGUGGCAAGCACUAAGGCAGUAAGCAGGUUCCAGACUCCUGGGACCGCUAAACUGGUUGCUAAGCUGCAAUAUCAUAAGGAGUUAUUGCAGGAUUUAGCUCUGCAGGAAUAUGAAUCGUUCAUCAAGAGGAUCACAGGGGAGUAUACCUCUUUACGGAAAGCAAUUCUGCAUUUAUCCACAUAUGAUUGUAUCCUGUCAUUGGCUGCCACGUCCUGCAAUGUAGAUUAUGUUCGGCCGAAAUUUAAUACAGCCCCACAAUGUAUCAACGUCAUUAAUGGAAGAAAUCCCAUCAUCGAAUCGUUAGAUGUCCGUUAUAUGCCUAAUGACGUAAAUCUCAAUCGCGAGGGAAAGAAGAUCAUGAUAAUCACCGGUCCAAAUAUGGGUGGUAAAUCGUCAUAUAUACGGCAAGUGGCCUUAUUGGUAAUCAUGGCACAAAUUGGAUGCUAUGUCCCUGCCCAGGAGGCCGAAUUUUCAAUUUUUGACCAGAUAUUCACUAGAAUUGGCGCAUACGAUAAUCUGUUGCGUAACGAUUCGACCUUUAAAAUUGAAAUGACAGAAAUGGUCCAAAUUCUUAGAUCCAGUACGGAAAAUUCUCUGCUACUGUUGGAUGAAGUUGGCAGGGGUACAGGUACACAUGAUGGGAUAAGUAUUUCAUAUGCGCUCUUGCGUUACUUUAUUGAGCUGCACAAUGCAUGUCCAUUGAUACUAUUUAUUACCCACUAUGCUUCAUUGGGCUCCAUCAGGUCGCCCAUCUUGGGUAACUACCAUAUGUCCUAUAUCGAAGAGAAGCGGCCUGGUGAAAACUGGCCUAGCGUGGUGUUUCUUUACAAACUAAAGGAAGGCAGAGCACAUAACUCAUAUGGACUCAACGUGGCUAAACUAGCGGAUAUUCAAACAGGAAUUAUCAACCGGGCAUACAAAAUUUCAACUAUGUUGAAACAGGAAAUGGAAUCAAAUAGUUCCAUAGCAGCAAUAUGCACAAUUAAACAUGCGCUUGCUGGGAAUUCCGCCGCUAGUCUCAAAUCUGCGAUCGAAACUUUAAUCGAAUCCGCUGAUCAUGAACAAUUCGUGUUAAAUAUGUAA